UAAGUGCCUGGCGGAAGAAAAAUCGGAAACAGAAAAGAUAAAGAAAAAUGAUCCGGAUCCAACAGUGCGAGGGAACCAGCAUAGAGGCGCAGCUCCGUCGAGAUCCGGGGAAUAGGCGGUGGCAAGUAAACCGGAUCGAAAUCAACGACCCCAUUGGGGUCGUUUUUUGGGGCCCAACCGUUGUUGAUGAGCGAAAUUCCCGCCUUGAGCCAAGCAGCCAGCAUUUGGCCAACAGACCCAGCUGCAGGCAGUCGGAGGUGCUCCGGGCAGUUGAGGUGCGCCCGUGGAGCAGUGUUGCCAGUUCCUGUGAUAGUCGUCCCGACGCAAAAGCUGUGAUAUUCCUGUGCCGAACCAACUGUGAUAAGGAUGUUGUUCGUCUUGUUUGUCAGUCUGUACACUUAAGUAGGAAAUACGGGCCCGUAAGUAGGAUAAAUUAUGUUAAGCUAGCCUAGGUUUUUAAUGUGUCGUAAUAGUAAAAAUGUAAAAAUCGCUACAAGA